CAUUACUCACAAAAGAAACAAAUCUAUUUCUAAACAAUGGCAUCCCACAAUCAGAGCUACAAAGCUGGUGAAACCAAGGGCCGAGCUGAGGAGAAGACUAGUCAGGCGAUGGGUACAAUGGGGGACAAGGCCCAUGGAGCAGCGGAGUCCACGAAAGAAUGGGCCAAGGAGUCCAAAGAUCAGACAGGAAGCUAUAUGUCGGAUAAGGCCCAAGCGGCCCGAGAGAAGGCCCAAUCUGGGAAGGAGACGACCGGAGGGAUACUGGAGCAGACGGGCGAGAAAGUGAAGAGUAUGGCCCAAGGAGCGGCGGAUGCUGUGAAAAGCACUUUUGGUAUGGCCCACGAUGAUGACGUGGGCAAGGAGGGGAGUGACACCACCACUUAUCGCAGGGGCUGAUUCGUAAUUAUGUUGUUACUGUUCUGGUUUUUGUUUUUUCUGCAUGGUUUGUUGGUGUUGUGUCGUGUAACAUUUCCCUCCCUUUUUGUUGGAGGUGGUGUUUGGUGGUCUGUAUUCCAAUAAGAACAUCCUUUGUCUUUGCU